AUGACCUUGGUGGUUCCCUUCAUCGCCUUUCUGAGUAUAAAGUUAUCCAACAGGAUCCGGUUUGCUUUGCUGGGAGUUUUUGCGCUCGGCGCACUUGUCACUGUCACCAGCGUGAUUCGCCUGUACUAUGUCCUGAGAAUGUGGGUUCUCACACCCGAAGACAGGCACUACUCGUUGGGCUACACACUAAACACGGUCGAGGUCAACCUGGCCAUCGUCACAGCCACCAUUCCGGCCCUCUGGCCACUGGGCCGCUUGUGGUUCCCCGCCAUGUUCGAAUCGAUGGGUAUCAAUCGGCCCUACCUCUACCCGGACAUUGAGGUGGGGUAUGUACUGUCACAGUCCCGUGCCAGUCGGCAGGUGGCGAGCAGCGCAGGCGCGGGCGCGGGCGCGGCGGCGAAGCAGGCUCGCCCCGCGCUACGAGGCAAGAUACUGUGGCUGCAACGGCCGCGGCAGCCCAGCUUUCUACGCCCCUCCCCUGCCGGCGGCGACGCUGGUAUUGGGCUCACGGACAUCCGUGACCAGAGGGUGUUCGGUGUCACGACAAGACGGAGGAACCACGCCGACGUGGGGGGUGGAGAUGAUGAGGAUGGCUUUGAGGAUUAUCACGAAAUGAUACGGCGGACUGAAGUUAGUCUCGUACACGAAGGGGACGGCGCGUCAACGCUUUGCAACACUACGGAGAGCGAGGGGGCCAGGUCGAAUUCCGAGAUGAGGGGUGGUUGA